AUGGAGAAGAACUUCAAAGAACCCAACUUUCAGCAGAAGUUGAGGAACGAGCUUCUGAAUUUCAAGCAACGUGGGUCCUAUCAGGGCUACGUGGCAAAGUUCCAGGAAAAACUCCGUCUAGUUCCACUGGAUCCUGUGUUCGCCAAGGAAAUCUUCCUAAAAGGACUCACCAGCAACAAUUUGCGGAAGCAGAUCCUGCGAAAGAAACCUGAGACCCUGGAGGAUGUGAUCGCGGAGGGAUUCAGCGAAGUUGAGUUGGAACGACUAGAAGAGAGUAAGCCAGGGCCGACCAACAAGUGUCCUCACUGCGAUAAAGGGUUCCACAAUCCCGACAACUGCUGGACGAAGUAUCCCGAAAAGCGCCCGACGAGCCAACCUGCGUUCCGCAAGCCCACCACUCAGGACAAAACAAACUAUAAAGCUAAGUACUUCGCCUUGGUCGACAAGCUGAUCGUCGACGAUGCAACCAACGAUGCAACUCCUUUAAACGAGUAA